GUGACCAGGGAAGUGAUCUUGGCCCAGGAGGAGGCUCAGUGCACAGGGAGGAGGAACAGCACAUCCCACCCAUCAGGACAGCAGUGCUUGUGAGCAUUUCUGGAAUCCAAGCUCUUCCCACAGAGGGAGGGACAGAGCAGGCAGCGGACACCAUGGAGUCCCCCUCAGCCCCUGCCCACAGAGGACUUGACCCCAGGCAGGGGCUUCUGCUGACUGCCUCUCUCGUAACCCUCUGGAGCCUGCCCACCACUGCCCAGCUCACUGUUGAAUCAGUGCCGCCCAAUGCUGCCGAAGGGAAGGAUGUGCUUCUCCGUGUCCACAACCUGCAUGGGAAUCUAUUCGGCUUUGCCUGGCACAAAGGGGAAACAGUGGACACCAGCCGUCAAAUCGUAUCAUAUGUAAUAGACACUCAAACAACUACCCCCGGGCCUGCACACAGUGGUAGAGAGACAAUAUACCCCAAUGGAUCCCUCCUGUUCCAGAACGUCACCCUGAAGGACACAGGAUACUACACCCUUAAAACCACAGGGAAAGAUUUACAGGAGAAACAAGUAACUGGACAGCUCCGUGUAUACCUGGAGUUACCCAAACCCAGCAUCACAAGCAACUACCCCCUCCCCGUGGAGCACAAGGACCCUGUCCUGUUAACGUGUGAACCUCAGACUCAAGACACCACCUACCUGUGGUUGAUCAACAGUCAGAGUCUCCCCGCCAGUGCCAGGCUGCAGCUGUCCAAGGACAACAGGACUCUCACUUUACUCCCUGUCACAAGGAAAGACACAGGACCCUAUGAGUGUGAAACCCGGAACCCCGUGAGUGCUGGCCGCAGUGACCCAUUCACCCUGAAUGUUGUCUAUGGCCCGGACACCCCCACCAUUUCCCCCUCAGACACCCAUUACCUACGUGGGACAAACCUCAAACUCUCCUGCCAGGCAGCCUCUAACCCGCCUGCACAGUAUUCUUGGCUUAUCAAUGGGAGUUCCCAGCAACCCACACAGGAGCUCUUUAUCCCCAACAUCACUGCAAAUUAUAGUGGAUCCUAUACCUGCCUCACCUAUAACUCUGUCUCUGGUCUCCAUAAGACCAUAAUCAAGACUAUCACAGUGUAUGAGUGAGUGGGGAAGCCCUCCAUCGGAGCCAGCCAUGCCACAGUCACAGAGCAUAAGGACACCGUGGUCCUGAUCUGCCUCAUAAAUGACACGGGAAUCUCCAUCCGGUGGCUCUUUGAGAACCAGAAUCUCCUGCUCACGGACAGGAUGAAGCUGUCCCAGGGCAACAGCACCCUCACCAUAGACCCUGUCAGGAGGGAGGACGCUGGGGGUUAUCAGUGUGAGGUCUUCAACCCCGUCAGUUCCAGCAAAAGUGAGCCCCUCAGGUUGGAUGUGCAAUCCUCACUCGUAACCUUCUGGAGCCUGCCCACCACUGCCCAGCUCACUAUUGAAUCAGUGCCGCCCAGUGCUGCCGAGGGGAAGGAUGUGCUUCUCCGUGUCCACAACCUGCCUGGGAAUCUUGGAGGCUAUGCCUGGUACAAAGGGGAAACAGUGGACAGCAGCCGUCUAAUCAUAUCAUAUGUAAUAGACACUCAAACAACUAACCCCGGGCCUGCACACAGUGGUGAAGAGACAAUAUACCCCAAUGGAUCCCUCCUGUUCCAGAAUGUCACCCUGAAGGACACAGGAUACUACACCCUACAAACCAUAGGGAAAGAUUUUCAGAGCAAACUAGUAACUGGACAGCUCCGUGUAUACCCCACACUCUUCACCUUCUGGAGCCUGCCCACCACUGCCCAGCUCACUAUUGAAUCAGUGCCGCCCAGUGCUGCCGAAGGGAAGGAUGUGCUUCUCCGUGUCCACAACCUGCCUGGGAAUCUUGGAGGCUAUGCCUGGUACAAAGGGGAAACAGUGGACAGCAGCCGUCUAAUCGUAUCAUAUGUAAUAGACACUCAAACAACUACCCCCGGGCCUGCACACAGUGGUAGAGAGACAAUAUACCCCAAUGGAUCCCUCCUGUUCCAGAAUGUCACCCUGAAGGACACAGGAUACUACACCCUACAAACCACAGGCAAAGAUUUUCAGAGCAAACAAGUAACUGGACAGCUCCGUGUAUACCCCUCACUCUUCACCCUCUGGAGCCUGCCCACCACUGCCCAGCUCACUAUUGAAUCAGUGCCGCCCAGUGCUGCCGAAGGGAAGGAUGUGCUUCUCCGUGUCCACAACCUGCCUGGGGAUCUUGGAGGCUAUGCCUGGUACACAGGGGGAAAGGUGGACAACAGCCAUCAAAUUGUAUCAUAUGUAAUAGACACUCAAACAACUACCCUCGGGCCUGCAUACAGUGGUAGAGAGACAAUAUACCCCAAUGGAUCCCUCCUGUUCCAGAACGUCACCCUGAAGGACACAGGAUACUACACCCUACAAAUCACAAGCAAAGAUUUUCAGAGCAUACAAGGAACUGGACAGCUCCGUGUAUACCUGGAGUUACCCAAACCCAACAUCACAAGCAACAACUCCCUGCCGGUGGAGCACAAGGACCCUGUCCUGUUAACGUGUGAACCUCAGACUCAGGACACCACCUACCUGUGGUUGAUCAACAGUCAGAGUCUCCCCGCCAGUGCCAGGCUGCAGCUGUUCAAGGACAACAGGACUCUCACUUUACUCCCUGUCACAAGGAAUGAUAUGGGACCCUAUGAGUGUGAAAUCCAGAACCCUGUGAGUGCUCGCCGCAGUGACCCAUUCACCCUGAAUGUUGUCUAUGGCCCGGACGCACCCACCAUUUCCCCCUCAGACUCCUAUUACCUACGUGGGACAAACCUCAACCUCUCCUGCCAGGCAGCCUCUAACCCGCCUGCACAGUAUUCUUGGCUUAUCAAUGGGAGUUCCCAGCACCCAACACAGGAGCUCUUUAUCCCCAACAUCACUGCACAUGACACUGGAUCCUAUACCUGCCUCACCCAUAAUUCUGUCUCUGGUCUCCAUAAGACAAUAAUCAAGACUAUCACAGUCUAUGAGCCCGUGGGGAAGCCCUCCAUCCGAGCCAGCAAUGCCACAGUCACAGAGGAUAAGGACGCUGUGGUCCUGACCUGCCUCAUAAAUGACAGGGGGAUCUCCAUCCGGUGGCUCUUCGAGAACCAGAAUCUCCUGCUCACAGACAGGAUGAAGCUGUCCCAGGGCAACAGCACCCUCACCAUAGACCCCGUCAGGAGGGAGGACGCUGGGGAUUAUCAGUGUGAGGUCUUCAACCCCGUCAGUUCCGGCAUAAGUGAGCCCCUCAGGCUGGAUGUGCAAUCAGAACAAAAGGACACAGGCUACUCUGUGAGGACCAUCGUUGGCAGUGUGAUCGGGGUCCUCGUUGUGGUGGCUCUGGGGGUCUCCCUGGGUUAUUUCCUGUACCUCAGGAGGACUAGGAGGGCCAGUGACCCGCAUGGCCUCCGAGAGCACCCACCUCCAGCAGCCACCCCUGGCCAGGGUCCCUCUGGAACCUCUGCCUGCCCGGGCCCCCUACCCGGCCCCAAGACAACAGGCCCCAUCUACGAGGAAUUACUAAAGCCAAACACAGAGGUAUACUGCCGGAUCAUCCCCAGAGCAGAAGUGGCUUCUUAGUUCCUCCAGGACCUGAUACACCAGACCCUGUGGGGGGUCAGGAACGGAUGAGGCCUGUGCCAGAGAACCAGCUCUGAGCAUCAGGCUAAGUGAAAUAAGCCAGUUGGAGAAAGAUAAAUAUCACAUGAUCUCACUCUUUUGUGGAAUAUAAUGAACAACAUAAACUGAUGA